AUGAGCCGCCGCAAAGCAACAGGUAAUAAUCGAGCUUAAGAAUUUGUUACACAUUUACAAAGUUAUAAUGUUGCUAUCUACUGUAACGUGUGGCGGUGGCGUUUGUGAUACAAUGAAAGGUGUAAAGUAUGUCUGCAAAUAAGCUCUGUUCUGAAUGAUGUAUUGUAGUGACAAUAGUGUUGCUACAUUUUGGCUGCAGACUGCAGAGUUGGGUUGGGAGGGGGUCUAGGAAUGCGCCGGGCGCUCAGGUUUCUACAUUAGUGGGAAAAGGCCAAUGAAAUUGUUCUCAAGCAUGUUUCUAAUGUAAAUAUUCGUUUCCCACAAAUCCUUUCAGAAUUCCAAGGGUCCUCCCCCUCCACGCCGUUGCCUCCAGAUCAUGUGUUGAACUCCGGAGCAGUGGUUUCCCCUGGUAGGCUAUAAUAGACGUGCACUCAAUUUAUCAUGGCUACAAGGUGCAAAAUGUAACAUUCAAACGGACAAAACAACAAUAACAACACGAUGUUAAUUAUACAAACUGUAACAAUGCGACCAUUAAAUGAUUAUCUCAACAACAGGUGCCUUUGAUCAGCAUGGAUAUCCUCUGGUUAUGUUCCCUAUGGAUGCUCAUGGCAACCUUUCAGAUCUAACCAAAGCAGAAGUGGUUGACUUCAUACACUACUUUCUCUGUUUGCACAAGUUUGUACCAAGGGUACAAUUUAAUGUGUGUGUUUUUAGAUGUAAUUUUAAGAUUGUAGUCAUGUUAAGCCUUUCUAAUACCACGUUUUUAUAGUAAGAAACAGGAGGAGAGCUUGGUUUCAGUUGUGGCUGAUUUGAGACAAGCCACUCUUACUACAACUAGGUUCAUCGCUGAAACUCUUCUCCUUGAGGUAUCUUUUUAAUCAUUUUGCAACGAGGGGGGAAUAAAUUGCCAUAUGAAGCAAUUCUUUAGGCAGAAUGUCUCGUUUUGUACGACUCAUAAAGAUUAUACUGGAUGACACAUUUUAUGUUCUAGAUGCAUUGUAAGGUAUUGCUUUAUUAUACAGUAACAAACAUCAUAGUUGUUUCAUAAUGUUUUUUAUUUAUUUAUUUUUAUUUAACCUUUAUUUAACCAGGUAAGCCAGUUGAGAACAAGUUCUCAUUUACAACUGCGACCUGGCCAAGAUAAAGCAAAGCAGUGCGAUAAAAACAACACAGAGUUACAUAUGGGGUAAAAAAACAUAAAGUCAAAAAAUACAACAGAAAAUAUAUAUACAAUGUGUGCAAAUGUAGCAAGUUAUGGAGGUAAGGCAAUAAAUAGGCUAUAGUGCAAAAUAAUUACAAUUAGUAUUAACACUGGAAUGCUAGAUGUGCAAGAGAUUAUGUGCAAAUAGAGAUACUGGGUUGCAAAAGAGCAAAAUAAAUAACAAUAUAGGGAUGAGGUAGUUGGGUGGGCUAAUUUCAGAUGGGCUGUGUACAGGUGCAGUGAUCGGUAAGGUGCUCUGACAAAUGAUGCUUAAAGUUAGUGAGGGAGAUAAGAGUCUCCAGCUUCAGAGAUUUUUGCAAUUCGUUCCAGUCAUUGGCAGCAGAGAACUGGAAGGAAUGGCGGCCAAAGGAGGUGUUGGCUUUGGGAAUGACCAGUGAGAUAUACCUGCUGGAGCGCAGACUACGGGUGGGUGCUGCUAUGGUGACCAAUGAGCUAAGAUAAGACGGGGAUUUGCCUAGCAGUGAUUUAUAGAUGGCCUGGAGCCAGUGGGUUUGACGACGAACAUGUAGUGAGGACCAGCCAACAAGAGCGUACAGGUCACAGUGGUGGGUAGUGUAUGGGGCUUUGGAGACAAAACGGAUGGCACUGUGAUAGACUACAUCCAAUUUGCUGAGUAGAGUGUUGGAGGCUAUUUUGUAAAUGUUAAUUAGUAGGCCUUCACCUUAGUCCACUUUUACAUAAUUAUAUAUAUUUUUUAAAUGAUUUUGAGUCAAAGUUUUGUGUCCAGUUCAACUACAAAGAUUUUCAGCAACAAGAUGCCCCACCUAUGAUUGGCCUUUCUGUCACGCCUAUGUCAUUAUGUAACUCAAUUACAUUUUGCCAAUUUAAAGUGAUUUUGUCUGAGGUUGAUCUUCAGGUCACAAUGCAGUUUGUGAUUGUUCAUAGUGGAAUUGUUCUUGGGGCUAAAAUACUGAAGCUGUGGUGGGGGUGGACUGAAUGAAUCACAUGCAUGUUGGAUCAUAUGCCUUCAGUUAUUAAAAAAUGGAGGCUUUCUAGUGGAAUUGCAUUAUCUGAGCUAAAUGGGUUGUUUGGAAAUCAGCAAUACACCGUUCACUGUGGCUUUAUUUGUCUGAUUACUUGUAGUAGAACAACCUUAUCAUUUUAGUAAUCAAAUUGCAGACUCAAUGUCUACGAACAUACUAAUGAGUACAUUAGUAUGUUCGUAGACAUAGACAUGUUCGUAGGUUUAGUCAUUUUUGAAAAGGGUGCAGUGAAUCUUCAGGUCAGUUUGUCAUCCUCAUUUAUCAUGGCCACAGACAAGUGGUGCUCAUUACAAUUACACAUCUGGGGAGGGUUUUGAUGUGCCCCAUCUGUACUGUUAGAAAGAGUUUGAUUUUGACUUGUUGUCAUUAUCUUGUUGUCAUUAAUUAAUGUUGAUGAAAAUGUAACAUGCAUUUCUCACCUGAUCUGGGCGGCAGGUAGCUUAGUGGUUAAGAGCAUUGUGCCAGUAACCGAAAGGUCGCUGGUUCUAAUCCCCGAGCCGACUAGGUGAAAAAUCUGCCGAUGUGCCCUUGAGCAAGGCACUUAACCCUUAUUACUCCUGUAAGACGCUCUGGAUAAGAGCGUCUGCUAAAUGACUAAUUAUUAUUAUCUAGCUGCAUAGGAGGACACUGUAUACAUGAUUAAACCGAAAAAUAAAAUAAAGAUGUUCUGAAACUAUUGUUGAAACAGCUGGUACCAUCAAAGUCUUAUGUUGCUCCCUUCAAGGUAAGAUGGUUUCACUGACUAUGAUUUCACCUUUCAUAUGUAGCAUGAAGCUAGUAUGUGUGUGGGGCUAAUCAUCCUUUUAAAACCAACAGAGUUUUGCUGAGAGAAGUCUUCGAACUUUCCAACUACAUUGAUAGAAGCCAGUUGACUGCGUCUCUAGGAGGCUACCUGGUUUACUGUCAUCUGAGUUGUGUGACAUUUAUCAGGGUAUGUCUUUUACAAUAAUUUACAUGGAAUGUAUUGUCAUGUUAAUUGUAUUGUCAUUUCAACCGGUGUUAUUUUACUUAUUGGUCAAGUGAAAUGUUAUGCCAGUUGUAAAAUGCUUAUUGUGGCCAUUAAUUUUCCUAUAAUGUCACCAUAAUUCAUUUUCUCAUGCCAGUUCUUGCAAAGAAUUCCAUGGAUUACUAUUGUCACUACUCGUUCUCUAAAAUGAAGUAACCUGGACUUUUCUCAUAAAUGUUAUGCAAUACAAGACUACUCUUGUCAAGAGUGUAAUGUUUGGUCUUAAAAGGGCGGUCUUGUUUACCGCAGCAAGCUUUGGUUGGUAGAUUAUCUGGAGGUUUUAUGAUCAGUCAUAACUCUACUAAUAGCAGCAUUGUCCUCGUCUCCUCAUCAGUGGGCGAUGGACGACCUCACUGGGGGCUCCUAUCCUCUGUUAUUGAUUUUCUGCCUACCUUGAGGAUGAAAUGACUAGAGGGAGACAGAGAGAACUCUGCUUUCAAUCCAAGCUAUAUUCCUCCCAAGUGAACAACGAUCAUGGGAUGUUCCACCUCCAAGCACGAGAGAAUUUCGACACCCACAUCUCAGAUUGUGCUGAAAUUGUUUCUGUUGUUGGAAACCGAUAAGAGUAGCAUUUCUGAAACAUUAUUUUGUUGAAAUAUCAUUUGAUCUUUGAGAAAUUAAGCUAAUUGAUUGCACCCAUUAUUCUUCCUAACAAUGACUAAGACCUGAGGAAUCUAAUAAAAUGACCAAAAGCCACCCAUGGACCCCCGCCCCCCCCCCGGUAUCAGUUCUGUCUGACAAGUAGUAUGGCGCUGCGGCUUGGAGUAGUGCUUCUUCAUCCUUUGUAAUGUAUUCCCUGUGAAUCUGGUGACGUUUUUCCCCCCAGGAUCAGAGAAAUUUGCCAUUUUUAAGUUGCUUGCAUUACUUACCAUAAAUUAGUAUGAAGGUACUAGGUUUUGCCCACUAUAUGCCACUGUUCCUCCUACUGCCACACCCUUUAAUCAAAUUUGAUGGUCUCUUGUGUUUGAUUAAAUGGAUCACAACAUUUUCUUUGCAUCUUUGGGUAGAAAACUCACUAGCUUUUGCUCUUGAUAAAAUAAAUUGUGUGGUCAUCCUCACAAUUCAAGUCCUCCAUGAAAGCAUUAACGGCAAUGUAACGCGUUAACAUUGACAGCCCUAAUAUUUAUUGAAUACACUAUUUAUAGAAAAGUAUGUGGAUUCGGUUAUUCUAGCAUCACCCAUUGCUGACCGGUGAAUAAAAUCAAGGACGCAGCCAUGCAAUCUCCAUAGCCCAACAUUAGCUGUAGAAUGGCCUUACUGAAGAGCUCAGUGACUCAUCGUGGCACCGUCAUAGGAUGCCACCUUUCCAAAAAGUCAGUGUCAAAGCUCACAGAACGGGACCGGCGAGUGCUCUAGCGCGUAAAUAUCAUUUGUCCUCAGUUGCAACACUCACUACUGAGUUCCAAACUGCCUCUGGAAGCAACGUCAGCACAAUAACUGUUUGUCAGGAGCUUCAUUAAAUGGGUUUCCAUGGCCUAAGAUCACCAUGCGCAAUGCCAAGCGUCUGCUGGAGUGGUGUAAAGCUCGCUGCCAUUUAACUCUGGAGCAGUGAAAACACGUUCUCUGGAGUGAUGAAUCACGCUUCACCAUCUGGCAGUCAGACGGACGAGUCUGGGUUUGGUGGAUGCCAGGAGAACGCUACCUGCCCCAACGCAUAGUGCCAACUGUAACGUUUUUGGUGGAGGAGGAAUAAUGUUCUGGGGCUGUUUUCGUGGUUUGGCUAGGCCCCUUAGUUCCAGUGAAGGGAAACUGUAACGCUACAGCAUACAAUGGCAUUCUAGACGAUUCUGUGCUUCCAACUUUGCGGCAACAGUUUAGGGAAGGCCCUUUCUGUUUCAGCAUGACAAUGCCCCCGUGCACAAAGCGAGGUCCAUACAGAAAUUAUUUGUCGAGAUUGGUGUGGAAUAACUUAUUAUCUGUUUUUAACUACAGAAACUAUUUCAGAACAAUCUGUGAUGGUGGGUGUCAUUGCUUGCCGAAAUGACAUGGAAAGAUUCCCAUGGUAGAUUCAGUUAAUCGAUCUGGAGAGAGGAUUGUGCAGUCAGUGGCCUUUUCUUAUUUGGGCAAAAGUCCGUCCUCCACCCUCUGUCCUCUCUCCUCUGUGACCUGGAAACCAAUAAGUGGUCGAGGAGAUGUCAAUUCGUAAGUAGGCGAACGGUAGAGUGUCCUCCCCUCCUCGAUAGCCACCUUUCAUCGAGGAUAGUCAUGUGUAUCCUAUCUGAGUCCUUCGUGGAAGAGUUUUGAAAUCUGCCACACCCCCUUUCAAUCUGCUUUUGUUUUGUCUGAGGAGAAAAGCAUGUACACUUUUAAAACAAUAAGUAGCUAAUUGUUUUUAUCUAUAAAAUGUAUUGCACAACUAACUUCAUUUAUGACUUUACACUUAUUUUGGGAUCCAUCCCCUGUAAACAGCAUUUGUCUGACGCGCGAGUGAAUGAGUCUCAUUUCAUACAAGUGCAUUUUCGUCCACGUUUCCUCUCCUCGAUUUACCUUUUUCAAAAGGAGACCAGACAGGAGUUGAGCAAGUCAAUUGAGAAAAGGCCAGUGAUUCCACUGUCAUCCGUGGGGAGAUCUUUCAUUCGUGAUUCCAUUCAUGCGUUUCAGUGAUGCAUCCCCCGAGCCAUUGUUUGUCACCUUGGUGACGCUUGUACAAUUACAGACUGCAAUCAGCUGACCUCAUUACCAAGUGAAAGGCGGCCCCUUCUCUCACCAUUUGAUCAUAUUCACUCAUGUUUGACUGGGCAUUCAUCCAUGUUGACAGGAUUCAUUAGUACUGUGAGGGCAGUCUGUUUUGGGACGCUAUAAUGAAUGUUUUCGCAUACCAUACUGCGCUGUAACAGUAACUAAAAUUCACAUUCUAGGCAAAACAAUCUCCCGUAAGUUAUCAAACUUAAUUGGUUUGAUAUGGUUGUAUAUUUGGGUUGUAUUCGCGUAAUUGGUUUGUGGUUGUACAACUUCUACAAGCAUAUGCAUAAUGCUUUUCUGAUGCGACAGGACUGACUUUACCUACUUUGUAAUCACCCUCUGAUUUUCCCUCUAACAUCUCUUCUUGGACUUGUUUAUGCAGGAGAUUGAUGCCUUUGUCCAGGAGUUUCUCUCCGUGGUCCAGAGGCUCCCAUCCUGUAUUUCCACACUGCAGAUUCUCUCCAGACAGCCUGUGCCCUCUGCCUUCACCGAACGGAAUUACUUCUGUUACAGCAACGAAGCCAAGUUCCAACUGCUGCGGAGGUAAGAGUCUCUCUUUCAGUUGGACAUAACAAAGGCCUACUUUGGUUAGUACAGGUAAGCUGAGUUGAUCUGCACCUAUAGCUACUGCUCACUUCCUACUGUAACAGUGCUUUUAAGGUCUUAAGUGCGUCGAGGCAUGUCGAUACUGAUCGGAUUGAAAGAAAUGAUCAGUAUUCUCCCUUUCCAAUCUUACCUUAACAUCAAAUUAUUCCACAAUACUGACGGAUCAGCUCCUAGAGAUAUUAUCACCUACAGUGCAUUCGGGAAGUAUUCAGAACCCUUGACUUUUUCCACAUUUUGUUACGUUACAGCCUUAUUCUAAAAUUGAUUAAAUCAUUUUUUUUCAAUCUACACUAACACAUGACAAAGCAAAAACAGGUUUUUAGACAUUUUUGCAAAUGUAUUAAAAAUAAAAAACGAAUACAUUUACUUAAGUAUUCAGACCCUUUACUCAGUACUUUGUUGAAGCACCUUUGGCAGCGAUUACAGCCUCAAGUCUUCUUGGGUAUGACGCUACAAGCUUGGCACACCUGUAUUUGGGGAGUUUCUCCCAUGCUUAUCUGCAGAUUCUCUCAAGCUCUGUCAGGUUGGAUGGGGAGCGUCGCUGCACAGCUAUUUUCAGGUCUCUCCAGAGAUAUUAGAUCGGGUUCAAGUCCGGGCUCUAGCUGGGCCACUCCAGGACAUUCAGAGACUUGUCCUGAAGCCACUCCUGCGUUGUCUUGGCUGUGUGCUUAGGGUCGUUGUCCUGUUGGAAGGUGAACCUUCGCCCCAGUCUGAGGUCAUCAAGGAUCUCUCUAUACUUUGCUUCUUUUAUCUUUGCCUCGAUCCUGACUAGUCUCCCAGUCCCUGCCGCUGAAAAACAUCCCCACAGCAUGAUGCUGCCACCACCAUGCUUCACCGUAGGGAUGGUGCCAGGUUUCCUCCAGACGUGACGCUUGGCAUUCAGACCAAAGAGUUCAAUCUUGGUUUCAUCAGACCAGAGAAUCUUGUUUCUCAUGAUCUGAGAGUCCUUUAGGUGCCUUUUGCGGGUUGUCAUGGGCCUUUUACUGAGGAAUGGCUUCCGUCUGGCCACUCUACCAUAAAGACCUGAUUGGUGGAGUGCUGCGGAGAUGGGAGAACCUUCCAGAAGGACAACCAUCUCCACAGAGGAACUCUGGAGCUCUGUCAGUGACUAUCGGGUUCUUGGUCACCUCCCUGACCAAGGCCCUUCUCCCCCAAUUGCUCAGUUUGGCUGGGCGGACAGCUCUAGGAAGAGUCGUGGUGGUUCUAAACUUCUUCCAUUUUAAGAAUGAUGGAUGCCACUGUGUUCUUGGGAACCUUCAAUGCUGCAGACAAUUUUUUUAUUUGGUACCCUUCCCCAGAUCUGUGCCUCGACACAAUCCUGUCUCUGAGCUCUACGGACAAAUCCUUCGAUCUCAUGGCUUGGUUUUUGCUCUGACAUUCACUGUAAACUGUGGGACCUUUAUAUAGACAGGUUUGUGCCUUUUCAAAUCAUGUCCAAUCAAUUGAAUUUAUCACAGGUGGACUCCAAUCAAUUUGUAGAAACAUCAAGGAUGAUCAAUGGAAACAGGAUGCACCUGAGCUCAAUUUCGAGUCUCAUAGCAAAGGGUCUGAAUACUUAUGUAAAUUUGCAUUAUGGGGUAUUGUGUGUAGAUUGAUGAGGGAAUAACAUUUAUUGAAUCCAUUUUAGAAUAAGGCUAUAAUGUAACAAUGUGGAAAAAGUAAAGGGGUCGGAAUACUUUCCGAAUGCACUGUAUGGCUCCAAAUAUUGAGAUGGCUUUAUUCUAAUGCUUACUCUAUAAUAAUGCACCAAAUCAAGACUUGGCACAUUGCGGACAUGUUACACAUGAAACUGGCUAUAUCGAGGCAAACAUUUCAGAUGGUAGCAUACAAAUAGCUAAGUAAAACUCAAUUGAAUUAACAUGACAUUUAUUUUCAAUAUAAUUCAAAUAUAUAGGUCUAUGUAGCCUAUACUGUAUUUAUCUUUUAAUACAAUCAUCUCCGGUUUCAUUAGAAGGGUCUUUAUCCUUUGCCAUGUUAUGCAAACAAAUGGGCAACUUUGUAUUUGUAGUCACUGUCACAUUUUGUUCUGAAGUUAUCGGCGGUCACAGAAAGACCGAUAGACAUCUUGAUUUUGUGUUUAGCGGAGAUCUCCUGUGUAUAAAGUGACAUGGAAGGGCAAAAAAAGCAUCUAACUACGUACUUAGCUCUUCUACGACUGGUCUGAGGCAGUCGUUAAAUAACAAACGUUUUCAAGAGAAACUUCGGUAACGAUGGUUUUGGGAAACAGCUCUGAGAUUUAACGAUUCUCCUAUGACUGUUCUAACGAUUAAUAUAAACAAAAAUAUAAAUGCGACAUGCAACAAUUUUAAGAUUUUAGUGAGUUACAGUUCAUAUAAGGAAAUCGGUCAAUUGAAAUAAAUUCACUAGGCCCUAAUCUAUGGAUUUCACAUGACUGGGAAUACAGAUAUGCAUCUGUUGGUCACAGAUACCUUAAAAAAAAGAUGGGCCUCACAAUGGGCCUCAGGAUCUCGUCACGGUAUCUCUGUGCAUUCAAAUUGCCAUCGAUAAAAUGCAAUUGUGUUCAUUUUCCUUAGCUUAUGCCUGCCCAUACCAUAACCCCACCGCCACCAUAGGGCACUCUGUUCACAACGUUGACAUCAGCAAACCGCUCGCCCACACGACACCAUACACGUGGUCUGCGGUUGUGAGGCCGGUUGGACGUACUGCCAAAUUCUCUAAUAAUACGUUGGAGGCGGCUUAUGGUAGAGAAAUUAACAUUCACUGGCAACAGCUCUGGUGGACAUUCCUGCAGUCAGCAUGCCAAUUGCAUGCUCCCUCAAAACUUGAGGCAUCUGUGGCAUUAUGUUGUGUGACAAAUCUGCACAAUUUAGUGGCCCUUUAUUGCCCCAAUCAUCAUGCUGUUUAAUCAGCUUCUUGCUAUGCCACACCUGUCAGGUGGAUGGAUUAUCUUGGGAAAGGAGAAAUGCUCACUAACAGGGAUGUAAACAAAUUUGUGCACACAAUUUGAGAGAAAUAAGCUUUUUGUGCAUAUGGAACAUUUCUGGGAUCUUCUGCGAUGAAACAUGGGACCAACACUUUACAUGUUGCGUUUUAUAUUUUUCUUCAGUGUAGCUUUUGGGAAACCGGGCCCAGGUAGAGACUGCUUAGCCAGUAAAUCUAGACCUGUCAUUUAGAGGGAGGAGUAUGGUGUGAGUUAAAAUGUAAUGUUGAGGAGAAGACUUACACGUUACACAGGAAAUUACUAACUUUUUAUGCAAAGCUGUCAAUGGAUACAUAUUAUGCUGUUCUAUUUCAAGGUUCAUCAUAGUAAUCUGCUACAAUAAGUAUUUUCCACGGUUGAAGGUCUCUUGUCUUUGUUGAAAGGAUAACAGCGGCUGCUGAAAAAAUAGAGUUGCUGUGGCAACAGGCCUUUUCUAAGGCCCAUCUCCAGGUGCAGGUCUUCCAGCUGCGUGAUGAGGCACAGCAGGUGGGUUAUAAUACAUAACAAUUACUCCAGGGUUGUGUUCAUUGGGGCAUGCAACAGAAAACAUUUUAGUAAAAAUAUUCUUAAGUCCAUGUAGUCCCUCCCUGUUUAAGUCAGUUUUCUUCCAUUUGGUGCCUAAUGAACACGGCCCAACUGUCAUGCCUUGUUGAUUAUUUUGGUUCAUUUACCUCCACUUGCAGAUAACUGAACAGAUUAAAAGCCUUCAAAAAGAUAAGCUCCAGCCUUACAGAAUAGAGAUCGCUAAAGAAGCGAGGAAGGCUGAGAUGUUAACAUCUGAAUUUGAGGCAUCCAUCUAUACACCUGCGAUUGUAAAUAUAGGAUACUCUGAUAUUAACCUCCUAAGAUGGGUGCAUUGAAGUAUUAAAGCUUCUGUAUGGAUCCUGAACAACACAGUGGGGUUGUGUUAACAUGUGUUCUCCCCCUGCUACCAGGCUCUAGUCCGCAGUGCUGAGAAUGUGAUCCAAACAUUAGCUGAGACUCUGCCUCCUGGUGAUGCCCAGACCAGGGAAGAGUGGGUGCAGGAUCUGGACAGACUGAAGGAGAACUUCCACUCUGCUGUAGAGCUUCCGCGGCAGACCCUCGGAGCAGUCGCCGACUACUACCACUACUACAACAAAGUAGGUAUCCUCUUGGACUGACCUUUUAUGACUUCUGAGAGUGUAUGCUAACUUAUACAUGUUUAUAUAAUACUGAAGUGGUGAUGCAAUUGAAAUUGACAACAAAUAGGAAGAUUAUUGAAAUGACAUUACGUUUGACAUUUCUAUCUCCUCGUGACAUGCAUGUGGAUUGUAAUGUGGUUAUACAUUGUCUAUUUAAUCUAAUGUCAUGUACUCAAUUUCUUUCAUCUCAACAGGCCAAUAGCUGGUACCGCAUCGUCCUGUGUGAGACUUUUCUCCAAGACCUUCUGUGGGGUGUGAACUGCGACAGCCUCCCCAAACAGUGCCACCCGCUGGAGAUGCAUGUCCCUGUCCCUGUGUGGAGGCAGGCGGUCUGUGACCUCCUGAGAAAGAAACCCUCCCCAGACAUUGAGGAGCUGGCCCAGCUGGCUCACCUGGCCAAUGUCAUCCCUGAUGCCCAGCUCCAGCAGAUGGGCAAACAGCUGUCACAUGGGUGAGAAACUCCAGCUUGUGUGUCAGAACUUCUGUUGCAUAAUCAUGUUUAAACGCUUUAGGAGGGUAUUAACUAGUUAAAACUUCCAUAGCCAUUUGUCUGCCAACUUGUAAGGCAGUAUUUGCAUUGAAUACGUGUUCACAGCCAAGUUGACCCUGCCACCUUCUCUCCAGGUGCAUGACCCUGCGUAAACUCCUGACCUCUCCAGGAGCAGUACCUAUCAACGACUUCCAGUUGGCACUGCAGUGGCAGUAUGAGUUUCUGAGAGCCCGCCACAGGAAAGGGCCUGGGCCACACACUAACCUGGCUGUGGGCGGAGGAGGCCCCGAGGCCAUUCACAACGGUCCAGACAGGGCAUUAUGUAGUCUCCUUAGAACCUCUGGUUCCAGAUCAGACCACCACACAGACAACUUGCACAGCCAUGGCUCCCUCUCCAACCUCAAGCACCAUCAAGCCCCUCUAGGUACGUCCCCCUCCAGUGCCAUCUCUGGGGCUUUGUCUGCUGUGGGGAAGCCUCCCUCUCUCAGAUCCAUUGACUCUGGCUUUGAUGGAGCAGGAAGCAGAGACUGGGGCAGGGAGGGAGGGAUGGGUAGGGCUGUCCAGGUUACCAGGAACCAGAGACUCCUUCAGGCCAUCACCAGGCAGCCCCAGAUCCACGAGGAGAACAUCUCCAGCGUGUCUGACUCGGAGGACCGCAGGCAGGAGUUUGACUUUGGCUCUGUGGGAAACACCUCCAGGGCCAGCAUUCAGAUUAUCCCUAAAAUAACGGUGGACUCGCUAAAUUUUGUGAUCAAGCUGAAGCGGUCGGCUACCCUGCCCCAGAACCCCUGGCUCAGUCUGCCUGUGGAUGACCUGGAGAACUCUUACACGGUCACCAUCACCCAGAACCCAUCACCACGUCAGCGGGACAUCAAGAGCCCAAACCCCUCCGAGUGCUCCCACCACACCGACCAAUUAUCCAAUUGGUCUCGAGACCAGCCCACACAGACUGAGGUACACACCAGUCCUCAGAGCAGAGGAGCACAGCCCAGGGACAGUAUCCUACAGGCACAGGACAGCUUUAAGGAGUCGGAACUGAGCCCCAUUUGGAAUGCCCUCUCCAGCACCAUCACAUAUGCAAGAGACGGGCCCAACUACACUGCAGAGAGCAUUCCCACUCUUCUCUGGGAUAUGUAUGACUUCCAUAACUCCAAACAGGACACCUGUGAAAGGUAAUGACACAUUUAUGCUCUUGUCUCCUGACAUGGUCCACAUAGCCGCUAAUUGUGCCUAGCACUCAUAUUGUUGCUGUUUAAUGUGUUUGCAGGAUUACAAGCUCCAUGACUGAAGUCUCGUUAAAUGACUGGGACCUAAAGGAACAGGAGGGUCUCAGGAAGGUGGCAGAGAUCCUGGACCAGGCAGCUGUAAUACUGGAGGCAGGUUGACUCAAACGUUCAAUGGAUUGUUUUCAUGCCAAAGCAGUAAAUAGUUCGGAGCUUUAGAUUUGCACAUUACCGAGAUUGGUAAUAGUGACCUAAAUCACAGUUGGCAUAGGCCGAUAGCUUACAUUUGUAAACACUUCUCUAACUUUUUGUGUUUUUGUACAGGCGGAAGAGAAUGUGAUGGCACAGGAGCAGAUGUUGGAUAUUCUUCUGAAGACUGAGAGCACGAGCAAACCGUGGGCAUCAUGGGGCAGUGAGGAGCAGAUAAGUUUGGUAGGUCAUGAUGAUAUACAGUGCCUUCAGAAAGUAUUCACACCCCUUGACUUUUUCCCCCAAAAAAUUGUUACAGCCUGAAUUUAAAAUGGAUUACAUUUUUGUCACUGGCCUACACACAAUACCCCAUAAUAUCAAAGUGGAAUUAUGUUUUUUUUUUUUAUGUUUACAAAUAAUUAAAAAUGAAAUGCCUUGAGUCAAUAAGUAUUCAACCCCUUUGUUAUGGCAAGCCUAAAUAAGUUCAGGAUAAAUAAAAGUGCUUAACAAGUCACAGAAUAAGUUGCAGGGACUCACUCUGUGUGCAAUAAUAGUGUUUAACAUGAUUUCUGAAUGACUUCCUCAUCUCUGUACCCCACAUAUACAAUUAUUUGUAAGGUCCCUCAGUCAAGCAGUGAAUUUAAACCACAAAGACCAGGGAGGUUUUCCAAUACCUCGCAAACAAGGGCACCUAUUGGUAAAAAUUAAAAAAGCAGACAUGAAAUAUCCCUUUGAGCAUGGUGAAGUUAUUAAUUACACUUUGGAUGGUGUAUCAAUACACCCAGUCACUACAAAGAUACAGGCGUCCUUCCUAACGCAGUUGCUGGUGAGGAAGGAAACCGCUUAGGGAUUUCACCAUGAAGUCAAUGGUGACUUUAAAACAGUUACUUUAAUGGCUGUGAUAGGAGAAAACUGAGGAUGGCUCAACAACAUUGUAGUUACUCCACAAUACAAACAUAAUUGACAGAGUGAAAAGGAAGCCUGUACAGAAUGAAAUAUAUUCCAAAACAUGCAUCCUGUUUACAACACCGCACUAAAGUACAGUGGGGAAAAAAAGUAUUUAGUCAGCCACCAAUUGUGCAAGUUCUCCCACUUAAAAAGAUGAGAGGCCUGUAAUUUUCAUCAUAGGUACACGUCAACUAUGACAGACAAAAUGAGAGAAUUUUUUCCAGAAAAUCACAUUGUAGGAUUUUUAAUGAAUUUAUUUGCAAAUUAUGGUGGAAAAUAAGUAUUUGGUCAAUAACAAAAGUUUCUCAAUACUUUGUUAUAUACCCUUUGUUGGCAAUGACACAGGUCAAACGUUUUCUGUAAGUCUUCACAAGGUUUUCACACACUGUUGCUGGUAUUUUGGCCCAUUCCUCCAUGCAGAUCUCCUCUAGAGCAGUGAUGUUUUGGGGCUGUCGCUGGGCAACAUGGACUUUCAACUCCCUAGGCUAGGCCACUCCAGGACCUUGAAAUGCUUCUUACGAAGCCACUCCUUCGUUGCCCGGUCGGUGUGUUUGGGAUCAUUGUCAUGCUGAAAGACCCAGCCACGUUUCAUCUUCAAUGCCCUUGCUGAUGGAAGGAGGUUUUCACUCAAAAUCUCACGAUACAUGGCCCCAUUCAUUCUUUCCUUUACACGGAUCAGUCGUCCUGGUCCCUUUGCAGAAAAACAGCCCCAAAGCAUGAUGUUUCCACCCCCAUGCUUCACAGUAGGUAUGGUGUUCUUUGGAUGCAACUCGGCAUUCUUUGUCCUCCAAACACGGCGAGUUGAGUUUUUACCAAAAAGUUAUAUUUUGGUUUCAUCUGACCAUAUGACAUUCUCCCAAUCCUGUUCUGGAUCAUCCAAAUGCACUCUAGCAAACUUCAGACGGGCCUGGACAUGUACUGGCUUAAGCAGGGGGACACGUCUGGCACUGCAGGAUUUGAGUCCCUGGCGGCGUAGUGUGUUACUGAUGGUAGGCUUUGUUACUUUGGUCCCAGCUCUCUGCAGGUCAUUCACUAGGUCCCCCUGUGUGGUUCUGGGAUUUUUGCUCACUGUUCUUGUGAUCAUUUUGACCCCACGGGGUGAGAUCUUGCGUGGAGCCCCAGAUCGAGGGAGAUUAUCAGUGGUCUUGUAUGUCUUCCAUUUCCUAAUAAUUGCUCCCACAGUUGAUUUCUUCAAACCAAGCUGCUUACCUAUUGCAGAUUCAGUCUUCCCAGCCUGGUGCAGGUCUACAAUUUUGUUUCUGGUGUCCUUUGACAGCUCUUUGGUCUUGGCCAUAGUGGAGUUUGGAGUGUGACUGUUUGAGGUUGUGGACAGGUGUCUUUUAUACUGAUAACAAGUUCAAACAGGUGCCAUUAAUACAGGUAACAAGUGGAGGACAGAGGAGCCUCUUAAAGAAGAAGUUACAGGUCUGUGAGAGCCAGAAAUCUUGCUUGUUUGUAGGUGACCAAAUACUUAUUUUCCACCAUAAUUUGCAAAUAAAUUAAUAAAAAAUCCUACAAUGUGAAUUUCUGGAUUUUUUCUUCUCAAUUUGUCUGUAAUAGUUGAUGUGUACCUAUGAUGAAAAGUACAGGCCUCUCUCAUCUUUUUAAGUGGGAGAACUUGCACAAUUGGUGGCUGACUAAAUACUUUUUUUCCCCACUGUAUAACUGCAAAAACAUUGUGCCAAAGCAAUUAACAUUUUGUUCUGAAUACAAUGUGUUAUGUUUAUGGCAAAGCCAAUACAACACAUUACGGAGUACCACUCUCCAUAUUUUUACAUUUGCUCUAAGCACAGGCAAAAUUCUAGAGGAAAACCUGGUUGUCUGCUUUCAACCAGACACUGGGAGAUGAAUUCACCCCCCAGCAGGACAAUAACCUAAAACACAAAUCUACACUGGAGUUGCUUACCAAGAAGACAGUGAAUGUUUUGAGUUACAGUUUUGACUUAAAUCUAUGGCAAGACCUGGAAAAAUGGUUGUCUAGCAAUGAUCAACAACCAAUUUGACAGAGCUUGAAGAAUUCUGAAAAUAAUAAUGGGAAAAUGUUGUACAGUCCAGGUGUGGAAAGCUCUUAGAGACUUACCCAGAAAGACUCGCAGCUGCAAUUGCUGCCGAAGUUGGAUCUAAAAUGUAUGACUCAGGGGGUUGACUACUUAUCUAAUCAAGAUAUACUAUAUAUGCAUGUAUGUGUGUGGACACCCCUUCAAAUUAGUGGAUUCGGCUAUUUCAGGCGUAAAUAAUCGAACACACAGUCAUGCAAUCUCUAUAGACAAACAUUGGCAGUAGAAUGGCCUUACUGAAGAGCUCAGUAACUUUCAACGUGGCACCAUUAUAGGAUGCCACCUUUCCAACAAGUCAGUUUGUCAAAUUUCUGCCUUGCUAGAGCUGCUCCGGUCAACUGUAAGGGCUGUUAUUGUGAAGGGGAAACGUAUAGGAGCAACAAUUUUGGAAUGAGAUGUUCGACAAGCAGGUGUCCACAUACUUUUGGUCAUAUUAGUGUUUUAUUUUUCAUACGUAGAUUUUUUUAUUUUUACAAAUGUUCGAAUUUUUCUUCCACUUUGACAUUAGAGUAUUUUGUGUAGAUAAUUGACAAAAAUUACAAUUAAAUCAAUUUUAAUCCCACUUUAUAACACAACAAAAUGUGGAGAAGUCAAGAGGUGUGACUACUUACUGAAGGCACUGUAAAUGUGUUCCUGUAGGUCAGAUUUGGAUCAUGGAACCACUUAAGCUGAUGAACUACAAAGUAGACCACUGUCUGUACAUUACAAAUGAGAUUCCAUAAAUUAGAUUUUGGGGUUUUCCUGCAAUUACAAAAUGCACUGGUCAACAAACGACCAUUUGUACUAUUUUCGUGGAGACUCCCUGCACAUUUGUCAGAAAGUAUUGUUUUUACAAGAUUGAACAUGUAUUUUACUUAAUACAAGACAAUUGUUUAUUUUGUUUAGUGGCAUUUAAAUUGUAAUAGAUAACCAGCUGAUGGGGAAUCUCCACUAUUAUUUUAGUUGUUAAAUCAAUAACAAUGUUAUUCUGUUUUCCAGAUGUCCUCCAGUGAUUUAAAAGCGGCGGGUGUCCUGGGUCUUGACUCUGCCGACACUGACAACCAUAGUGAAUGCAGGUCAUCAGAGGCCUCAGAAUGCAGCAUGAGCCACAAUGGAAGGCUGAUGGAGACCGGGCCGACGGGGUUGAGGGCCCCUCAAACCAACAGGGGACAGUUCCUGAAGGAGCUUAAAGGACUGCACGUUCUAGAUGAGCUCAUCAUGGAGGAGAACCUCAAGAUCCACAAGCUCAGACAAGCUGAAGUAGGAGCAAGGAGAGGCAUGUGUUUUCUAUUAGAACUGGAGAGGGAGAAAAGGGAAGUGGAGAGGAUGGAAAAUAACCUAGCUAAAGAGAUGACCAAAGAAUGUCAACUCAAGAAGAGGAUAAGCAGAACCAGGAAAGUAGUGAAAUGCUCUAUAAUGGACAUCUAAAGUGAAUAUCUUGGAAGAUGGUGCUCUCUGUGAUGAGAUUAUAUCAGACUAUAGAAGCCAACAGCUCAACAUAAAGCACUUGCCAACCCUGCCCAAAGACACCAUAAACCUUGAUCCUAAUAAAUCCCUUGUUAUUACUGCAACCUUUUCUGCCAUAUUGCCUGUAUCAGAAGACUUUGAGCAGAUCAGCAGAACAUGGAGCGUUUGACCCGAGUGGUAACCCCCCAGUGCCUAAACCAAGAAAGGCAUCACUUCCUGUGAAUGACAAAGGGCAAGAACUCAAUAUCUCAACGGAAACCAUGUAUUUAACACACUGCCCUGAUAGUGAUUCAGACCCUGACCCUAGACUCGCACCACAAGUCAUGCCAGAGUUCAAUACUCAUCCGAAGCCUAAAGAGCGAAGCCUCAAACCUCCAAACAGAUCUCAUAGUCCAGAUGUGAAUGAGCACAGCAAUAAUAACAACAACAACAACAACAAACCCCUCGCAGCUCCACAGGCAUCCUUAUGCAAUAACCCUUUGGGGUCCCAUGAACAGUCCACGCUAGACAAUUCCUCUGUGGAAUCAACAUUAACACCUGUUGACUCUCUGCCGGUGUUCAGAUAG